AUGUCGGAGCUCAGUACAAUCACCACUCCCCUGCGAUGGUUCGAAGGUCAUGAAGGACACAUAAAUGCAGUCGCAGUUUUCCCUGAUAAAUAUCGGAUGGUUACGGGCUCGUAUGACACAACACUUCAUCUGUGGGACUUGAAGACAGGUGUUGUGUUGAAGAAGAUGGUGGGGCAUCGCAAUCCGGUGUGGAGAUUGGCGAUAUCACGAGAUGGGCAAUUGAUAGCAAGUGGUGAUGAAAGGGGAGAGGUCAUCGUCUGCGCAGGAUGUACAAGAGGGUGGAGGUCUGAGAGUAAGCAAACAUUGAAAACAGUGGUUAACAUGGGCAUCUUCAUUCCUCCCAAGAUGAUUUUUGAUUGUUUUGGGCAUCUCGCGCAACCGCCAGCCCUAUGGCAUAUGAUACUUGGCGUGAUCAGAGUGAGACAUUAUCUUUGGAAAAGAAUAAAUAUAUUCAAUACACUUACUUGGGUGGGGAAUCCAAGGAAGGGAUGCUGAUGGUUCAAUUGGCACACGAGAUAUCACUUACCAGAAGGACAAUCAAGGUUGAGGAGCUUGUGAAAAGUGAAUUUCUGUGAAAGAACUAGAUAGUACAUUUGUAAGAUAGUUGUACACGUGCUGCAUCAAUGACCAUUGGUGUGUGGGCCCGGGGGAGACGCACAACAAAGAAAAAGUACGAAAUGAGCUCGCAAUGGAAGGGGUCGUGACUGCACGUUUGAAGCAGGAGGUGUCGCGGGUGUCGAGACAGCGGCAGGCUGAGUCUGCGAUGAUAACGCCUGGGGCUGGGUUUGGCCUUGUGAUUGACAUUGCUGCUGCUGCGUUGGUAUCACAUUGCCAUGGGUGUGCUGAGGAGAUACACAGCAAAGAAAAAGCACGACAUGAGCCCACCAUGGGAUGGG